AGUAUUUGGUUUCGAUUUCUUGUCCUCUCUCUCUCUCUCUCUCUUCUCACGGCAUGUCCUCCUCUCACUCUCCCCAUCUUCUCUCUCCUCUCCCCCACACACUCAUGCCCUCCUCCCACCACCACCACUUCGACCUCACCACCACCACCACCACCACCACCAGCAACCACAGCCACAUAUCAUCCAACGGCAACAAAACCCCAACCCCCACUCCAAUCACCGACUCGGACCUCCGGUCCGAGUUCGCCCACCACGACCCCUCCGUCGCCCGGCUCAACAACGGCAGCUUCGGGUCCUGCCCGGCAUCCAUCUCCGCCGCCCAACGACAGUGGCAGCUCAGAUGGCUCCAACAGCCCGACGAAUUUUACUACAACCAGCUCAAACCCUCGAUUCUCCGUGCUAGAAAUGUAAUAAAAGAUCUGAUCAACGCCGACGACGUCGAGGAGAUCUCCAUGGUUGAUAACGCCACCACGGCCGCCGCCAUUGUGCUCCAGCACACUAGCUGGGCCUUCGCCGAGGGCAGAUUCAACAAGGGAGACACUGCCGUCAUGCUCCACUAUGCCUAUGGCGCCAUCAAGAAAUCCAUCCAUGCCUACGUUUCCCGCGCCGGUGGCCGAGUCAUUGAGGUCCAUAUGCCCUUCCCUAUAUCCUCCAACGAACAAAUCAUCUCGGAAUUCAGAAGAGCCCUAGAAAAUGGAAAAUUCAACGGUCACAAAGUUAGGUUAGCUGUAAUAGAUCACAUCACUUCAAUGCCAAGUGUAGUAAUUCCAGUCAAGGAAUUGGUUGAAAUUUGCAGAAAUGAGGGCGUGGAUCAUAUCUUCGUUGAUGCAGCCCACGGAAUUGGGUGUACUAAAUUAGACAUGAAAGAAAUUGGGGCUGAUUUCUACACUAGCAAUUUACACAAAUGGUUUUUUUGUCCUCCGGCUGUUGCUUUUUUGUACUGUCGAAAAUCAGAUAAGUUUUCCAAUUUGCAUCACCCUGUGGUUUCACAUGAGUACGGGAAUGGAUUGGCUAUGGAGAGCACUUGGAUUGGAACUAGGGAUUACAGUGCACAGCUUGUAGUUCCAGAGGUGUUGGAGUUUGUUAACAGAUUUGAAGGUGGAAUUGAGGGGAUAAGGGAGAGGAAUCACCAAAAAGUUGUGGAGAUGGGGGAAAUGUUGGUUAAAGCAUGGGGGACAAAUCUGGGGUCACCACUGGAGAUGUGUUCGAGUAUGGCUAUGGUUGGGUUGCCAUCUUGUUUGGGGAUUUUGAGUGAUUCAGAUGGGUUGAAGUUGAGGACCCAUUUGAGGGAUUCUUUUGGCGUCGAAGUGCCAAUUUAUUAUCUGGUGCCGAAAGAUGGGGAGGUUGAUCCAAUAACAGGGUAUGCACGGAUAUCUCAUCAGGUGUAUAAUAAAGUUGAGGAUUAUUACAAGUUCAGGGAUGCAGUCAGCAAGCUCGUUAAGGAUGGAUUUACUUGUGCGCUUCUCUCAGAUUGAAAAAAGCUCUGUGGAAGAUUGUACACAUUUUUUCUGAUAAAUAAAAUCCAUGCUUCCCAACUUAGCUGUUGUUUGAAGCAUGUCUAAGCGCUGAAGGGAGGUGUCAUCUACACUUCAACCGCAAAUCCCUUGUGGAAAUGUCUUAAAUUGUCCCUCAGUUGCCAUGGGAGCAUUCUCUAGCUAAUGGUGCCAAUUUCACUUUGCAAGUUGCAUGAUUUUACUCAAGUAGAAUCAGCCAUCACAACCUUAAACCUAUGAGUCAACGUUUCCACUUGACAAUUAGGUUUGUAAUCAGAUUGAAUCAUCAUUUUUUAGAAGAAUAAUGAAACAUUUCAUACCAUCUGUUAUUCCUGGGAAAAAAUCCCAGUUCAUGCUUGCCCCUUGCAUCAGCAUAUUUUGGAGAAGUAUGGACAUAUCAUGUAUCUUUUGGAGUAGUUAUUUGUGGCAUCUUGAUAGGAUAUUGUCAUAUUGAUGUGCUUUUUGUUA